GCCCUAUAUUGCUGCCAAAUAUCUGUCAAAAUAAUUUUAUAUAAUCGACUCUAAUUAGAAAUCGUGAAAAAUACGACGAUGCAAUCGGAACGUAGACGAAGAACCAAAGUUCUUAGCGGCAAUCAAAUUUAUAAUUCGAUGGUAAUCGAUACAACAGAUAAAGCAACAAGAAGAGUAAUAGCUCCUUACGUGAAAAUCAUUCGGAAAACCGAAAAGACGCCGGAAAAAGAACAAGAACACGAAAAAUUCAAUUUCUACAUUCAAAAUAAACCGAGCGUAUUAUUACACGACUUAACCUCGUUUUUAUCCGACAGCGUAGAUUUGGUUUUAUUAUUACACGAAACUGCCGAUAUUCUAAAGACCACCACAAGAGCGGCAGGUGUAACUGUCUACAUGGUAGACUCGGCUUCGGAAGAAAUUUACCAAAGCCAGAGGAAUUUCCAAGGGGAAAGACAUAAGGUAAAUUGGAAAAUACAAAAGGGUAGUAUCGUAGCGGCUUUCGUGGCGUAUAAAAGAGAAUAUUUAAUGGUUGAUGAUAUCUUAGGUGAUGAUAGAUUCCCCGCCGGAGUGGGAUAUCAAGGCGACUUCGUGAAAUCGGUUCUUUGCGUCCCUAUAGUGACACCAGAUGGUGACUGCUCCGCCGUAAUCGAAUUAUACAGAGAAAUCACUCAAUUGCCGUUCAAUAAAGACGAUCUGAAAAUUUCUAUCGUAGUUACCGGUUGGGUGGGGGCAGCUAUUCACCAAAAUCAUCUUAGAUUGACGUUACAAAGGCAACAGGAACUCAACGAUUAUCUGCUGGAUUUAACUAAGUGUUAUUUUGCCGAAACCGUAGCCAUUGAAAAGAUGAUAACUGAAAUUGUGAAAUUUGCAAAAGCUACUUUAGGCGCCGAACGUGGUACGUUUUUUAUCAUAGACGAAGAAACCGAAGAUCUUGUGGCGGAAGUUUUCGAAGAAGGUGUAGAUAUCGGUGAAGUUACCAUGCACAAAAAAAACGUCAAAGUACGUUUAGCCAAAGAUAGGAGUAUAGCGGGAUUAGUUGCUCGUACCGGAGCGACUGUUAACAUCAGAGACGCCUACAACGAUCCGAGAUUCUUUACCGACGUCGAAGAAAAAACCGGGUUCAUAACCAGAUCGAUAUUGUGCAUGCCGAUCGUCAGCGUCGAUAAUAUUUUAGGAGUGGUACAAGUGGUUAAUAAAAUAAACGGUGUUUGUUUUACCCCAUCCGAUGAAAAUUUAUUUAAAACUUUUUCGGUGUAUUGCGCUUUGGCAUUACAUUAUACCAGGCUUCAUCAAAAAAUGUUUAAAACGGAUAAAAUCAACUUAUCAAAUUUGAAAUUAUUAAAAACUCAAUUGAAGCCCUGCGUUCACGAUAUGGAUUCUUUCCUCCAGAAAACUACAGUCGAGGUUCCAUACAAUUUCGCCGAGUUCCGUUGGUACGUAUCUCCCGAAGAUAUUCCCGAUAUGCCGCAAUUGGUGCUUUACAUGAUCACCGAAGUGGUAGGUAGAGAUGAAAUACACCAAAAGAACAUGAUAGAAUUUAUUUUGUCGGUAAAAAAAUGUUAUAGACACAAUCCAUAUCACAAUUUCGAGCACGCUUUUAACGUAACUCAUUGUAUAUUUAUCAUCAUAUCAAGGAAUUUAGAAAUUUUUAAACCAAUAGAGGUUAAAUCUCUUUUGAUAGCUGCGCUUUGUCACGAUUUAGACCACGGCGGCUUUACUAAUAAUUUUCUUCAAUUAACUGAUGAUACGCUGUCGCAAUUAUAUGAUGAAUCUAUUUUAGAACAUUACCAUUAUCGAGUAGCAAUGACGAUAUUGAAGGGUUUGCGGAUCUACAAUAAUAUCUCCAAAGCAGAUUUCAAUUGCAUAUCGAAAGAACUUAAGGAAGCUAUUUUAGCCACAGAUUUAGCCAGUUAUUUUAAAUUCCGCGUCAAACUGCUGCAAUUAGUCAACGAUAACGUGUUUGAUUUUUCAAAUUCUCGACAUCGAACUUUGAUGAAGGCCAUUAUGAUGACCAGUUCGGAUUUAUCAGGCAAUUGCAAACCGUUCUUAGUAUCCAAGACUAUUUGCGACAAUAUUUAUAAGGAGUUUUAUAAUCAAGGAGACUUGGAGAAAAAGAUGGGAUUGACACCGUUGUCUUUAAUGGACAGGGAGAAAUCUCAAAUGGUUCCAGAAGAUCAAGUGCAGUUUCUAACAGUUAUUGUUUUGCCUUGUAUGGAUCUUUUGCAGAGAAUAUUUCCAAAUACUAGGGAACUUCAUAUGGAAGCUAGUAUUUUAAAGAAAACGUGGCAGGAAAUUAUCGCUUUGAAAGGACAGAAAAGUUGGAGACAAGACGAUUCCGUAGUAGAUCAAACUGAAUGCAUGUAAACAAUUUUAUUUUGAGUAAAUACAACUGAGAAGAGAUUAACUAUACAUAUAAUAUUUAUAUUCUAUAUUUUAUACAAAAAAAAAAAAAUUAAAGCGUG